UCCACCAUUUACACACCUUCAAUGUUUCUUUGAGAACCCCCCCCCCAAAAAAAAAGGAGAGAUCUGUAAUCAUGGCCGUCGAUCUCAUGAGCUUCCCGAAGAUGGAGGAUCAAACGGCUAUACAGGAAGCUGCAUCGCAAGGACUCAAGAGCAUGGAGCACCUGAUCCAUGUCCUCUCUCACCGCCCCGACGGCAACGCCGACUACUCAGAGAUCACCGACUUCACCGUCUCUAAGUUUAAGAAGGUUAUCUCCCUCCUUAACCGGACCGGUCAUGCCCGGUUCAGACGCGGACCGCUUCACUCCUCCCCUACUUCCUCCUCUUCUUCCGCUGCGUUUCCUCCGCCCCCGAUCUCUGCUCCGCCGCCGGAUAUUGUGCGGACGAGCUUCGUUCAGGGGAAUCAGCAGAGUGUGACGCUCGAUUUCACCAGACCCAGUGUUUUUGUAUCUAAGGCCAAAUCCGCCGAGCUCGAGUUCGCGAAGGAGAGCUUCAGCGUCUCCUCGAACUCUUCGUACAUGUCCUCGGCUAUCACCGGCGACGGAAGCGUCUCGAACGGGAAAAAUGGCUCGUCGAUCUUCCUCCCCCCGGCGGCGUCCACUGGGAAACCGCCGUUGGCCGGUCAUCCGUCCAGGAAAAGAUGCCUCGAGCACGAGCACGAGCACUCGGAAGACUUCUCCGGCAAGAUCUCCGGCGGAAGCAACGGCAAGUGCCACUGCAAGAAGAGGAAAAAUCGUGUGAAGAGAACCGUUAGAGUUCGGGCAAUAAGUUCGAAGAUCGCCGAUAUUCCAUCAGACGAGUACUCGUGGAGGAAGUACGGACAGAAGCCGAUCAAGGGCUCACCACACCCACGGGGUUAUUACAAGUGUAGUAUCUUCAGAGGAUGUCCCGCGAGGAAACACGUGGAACGGGCGUUGGAUGAUCCGACGAUGCUGAUCGUGACGUACGAAGGAGAGCAUCGUCACCACCAGACCGCGUCGCAGGAGAAUAAUAUUUCUCCGGGUGAGCUGUUUGGUGACCGAUUCGAAUUGAGUGGGGAGGAAAUCGGAAGAAAUAAAAAGUUUGGGAUGAAAUUUAGAAACGUAAGCGAUUAGAUGGAUAGUGUUUUUGUAAUAUUUUGAGGAGUAGAGGGGUUUGAUUUGUAAAUUCUUUUAUUUAGUAGAUAAAACGAAUGUUCGGGUAAAAUCUCACGGGCCAAAAUAGAUAUUUAUUUAUUU